AUGCGUAUGAUAUUAAAACUUUACCUGAUUGUCAGGCUCUUGCUGAUGUUAUGGUGAUGCUUUGUAUUCAUUCUGCUGAACUUAAAACUUUACGCAUUAUAGAUGCUGGAGUGAUGGGAUAUGCGAAGAAUCGAGAACUACUCACUUGGAUUCAGCAUGCUAUAUCAUCUGGACGAAUGUGUGAUCCAGGAGCAGUUUACAGUGCAGUAGCACAUAAUGGCCCACGUUUAUACAAUUGCUGGAGAAUGUCUACGUCAUUCAUCUAA